AACUCUCGCCAGGAUAUGGCAUUUUCGUACAUAACAGAGAAAAUGGUGAAAAAUUCAAAGAAAACUGGGAGCAAGAAAAAAGGGCCUCCAUCUUAUGCAAACGUCCUCCAUUUCACACAUUCAGAUAUAAUGGUGGAAUUGCAAUCUAAGUAUCCUGGUUUACAUGACCUCAGCAAGAAAACUAAACACCAAUUACUAGACAAUAUAUCCAAGACAAUAGUAGAACGGCUCAAGAAGAUAAUGGAAACGAACUAUGAGGCGUCGGAGAAGUGUUUCCUGCUGUCGCGUCACUACCGGCGCGUGCACCCGCACUUCGGAGACUUCCAGUUUGUGCUGGACGCACUGCAUCGUAUCCAGGACGCGGCUGGGAGCCCCCGGGAACAGCUCGCCGAGCAGGAUAUUAGUGCAGUUAAUAUUAAGGCGUCAGUGAUAGACAACAUCCCAUUUGAUAAGGUGAAACAAGCGUGCAAUAAAUAUUGUGACAGGAUUGCAAAUAAAGUGACAGAACACAUAGGCAAUUUAAACAUGGACGUACAAGAGGGUGAUACGGAAGAAGAGAUCGUCAGAAAGAAAGUGCGCGGAGAGUUGAAAAAAUUAGGACCAUUUGUGCCCACUAUAAUAAGACAAGUUGUUAUGAAAAAUUUCAUUCCGGAGCAGUCGAAGUCACAUCCGAUCCACUUGUACGGCGAGCCGUUCCUGCCGCCGAAGGAGGCGAUGGACUCGUUCCUGCGGCCCUACAGACCGAUCAAGGUGAACCGCUCGCGGCGCAUGUACAACCUGCUCAUGUUCUGCGUCGCGCCGGAGAACUAUGCCGGACUCAUGGCCAUGGACGGCACUAUCAUCAAUAGCGCUAAACUAGUAAUUCGGCCGUACGACAUGCCGUUCUACAUCCCACCUACGAGUUCCAGCGAGCCCGCGCCUGAGGAAUACCCUCAAGAACCAAUGGAUGACGAAAUGGAAGAGUUGUAGUCUGAUAAUAAAUUAUUUGUCGUA